AUGUCGGCCUCGAAGGAAUCGACUGGAACACUUGGCAACCUAGCCAACAUCCCGAAGCUAGAAUCGACAGCCGGAUGGAUCAACUGGAGCCGAGAAAUGAAGGACCAUCUCACAAUGUCGGGAUACGGAGACUUGUUCAAACGAAACAAGGACAAACCCACCGGCACCAGCGCCGCGACCGUCGAAAAGAUCGACAACUGGCUCUCCAAGCAGGAACGCGCGUGCGGAGCCGUCCUCAAUCGACUUGGAUACAACGCCAGGGAGCAGGUAAAGGACAAGGAGACCGUCACGGAGAUGUUCGAUGAGCUUGAGAAGCGCUUCAAACCAAAAGGAAGUGCGGUCUUCCAAGAGCUCGACCGACGAUACAACUGCCUCACCCUAGACCAAUGCUCGGGAGUCAUGAACUUUGCAGAACGGCUGCGAGAAGCUCAAUCUGAACUCUUGCAACUAGACGAGACAUGCAAAAUCGGCACGCCUCAAUUCAUCAAUAAGUUCCUAACCGGACUUGGCCCCGAAUACGAAAUGUUCCUCACUGCCUUCUACCAAAACCACAACUUGCUACCCGAGCGAGGCUCCAACGGAGAAAUAACCAAACCUGCCGUAACAUUCGAAAUCGCUCUUGCCGCCGCAGAGCAAGAGGAAAUGAACAUUCAACAACGAGAAAAGGCCAAGACGCAAACGGCUCUGCUGGCUAGAAUGCGUGGCCCUGGAAAAGAACGAGUAGCUCAGACGUGCGGCCACUGCAACAAACCAGGUCAUACCAAGGCCGGAUGUUUUGGCCUACACCCCGACCUUCUUGAGGAGUUCAGAAGAAAACGAGCACUUCGGAGUGGACGACGAGAAGCCAAGCUUGAGAAGAGAAAGGAGAACACCUCGUCACUGGAACUCGACGAGGAUCACACUGCCGCCGUCGCCUUCUUAAACGCGGCCCUUCUAUCCUUUCAACCCCAGUUUGGCCUGGCUGCAUCAGAGCCGUCCGGGCUGCUCGAGCGAAUUCACGUAUUGGACAGUGGCGCCUCCUCCCACACGUUCUGCCGUCGACAGAACUUUACAUCACUCGAGAAAUUCACCGGCUCUGCCAUCAACGGCAUAGCUGGCUCGGCCAUUAUGCCCGCGGGGCAAGGCACAUACACCCUCAGAACCAUACGGAACAAUGCCAAAGGAACAACGAUCUUUCAUAAGGCACUUUACGUCCCAGACGCUCACUGCAACCUUGUCUCGGUCUCAGCCCUCGAGGAAGAUGGAGCAACUAUUUUAUUUCGAAAAGGACGAGCCGUCAUUACAAGCCACGGUAAAGUCAUCCUCAGCGCCACUAGGAAAUUUGGUCUGUACGUGAUCGACGAGGACGACCAACAACUGCACACUGCCAUGGCCGCAUACUCUGUCAGCGACCCCAAACUGCAGAUCUGGCAUGACCGACUCGGCCAUUUGGGAGAACAGAACGUGCAUUUACUCAUGAAGAUGUCCACGGGCAUCACUCCUCUAUCUGACUCCAACGUCUGUGAAGCGUGCGUAAAAGGGCGCAUGAAGGAAAGGCCUCACCGCGGAUGCAUUCGAAAAGGAACAAGACCACUGGAGAGCCUGCAUGGCGAUAUCGCUGGCCCCUUCCCAGACGAAGGCAUCGACGGCCAUAGAUACUGGGCCUGCUUCAUAGACGAUUUCACCAAAAUGACCUGGGUCUUCCCAAUCAGGCAAAAGUCCGAAUUUGGCAACUGCCUUCGACAACUUCUGGAACAAGCCGAGACACCAACCCGUCGCUGCCGUUACCUUCGCCUCGAUCGAGGGGGAGAAAACCAAGCUGAUGCAAUCACUCUCUACUGCGAAAACAAGAUGAUUGAGAUGAUCUUUUCUGCUACCGAGCAGCACGAACAAAACGGAGUGGCCGAAGUAGCAAACCGUGUCCUACUCGAGAAGCUCACAGCGACUCUCAUCCAUUCAGGACUGGAAAAGAAAUUCUGGCCAUACGUCCUCAAAGCCAUGGCAUACGUACGAAACCUCUCACCAGCCUCGGGUCGUCAAAUCACACCUUAUGAAGCAUGGCACAAGGAAGUGCCGGAUCUCUCCCAUCUCCGAGUUAUCGGCAGCCGAGGCUUUGCAAAGAUGCCUUCAGCCAAACGGAAGAAGAUGGACGACAAGACAGUCCCCUGCCGACUCCUCGGCUAUCAAGGGAGCACAAACUACGUCUUAGUCGACGACGAUGGAAGAAUAUUCUUUGCGAAUAACGUCGUGUUCGAUGAGAAAUCCCUGCUGAGAAAACGAAUUGCAUCCGAGCAACCAACUGACGAACCCAACGCAAAACGGAUGGAUCUCACACCAUCUCUUCCAACUAUACCCCUAACCGAAAACAUCAGAACAGACGAAGAGAUACAGUCAGCCCCCAGCCAAUCCUAUCAACUGAAUCAAGACGAGCCAAGCUUCCAUGUGGAACUGGGGACUCCAGAAAGAACACAAAGCCCCGACGGUGCAGUCGACGAACACCAAGUCGUUGCGGAAGCAGCCGACGGUCAUCCCCAACAACGUUUUCCAGUACGGGAAACCCGAGGACAAAUUCCAUCAAGAUACACAGUCCUAGCUCAACAAGACCCAUCAGCCCAACAAAACCAGUGGCGCUUCACCAUGAUCGCCAUUCACCUGGCUAUGAUCGCCAACAACCUUGAACCGACCGAACCCAAAACCUUUGCCGAAGCAAUGAACUCGCCUCAUAGCGAACAAUGGAUGCAAGCCAUGAUUGACGAAAUCGACUCCUUGAUGAGAAACGGCACCUUCAUACCAGUCAGCCUGCCUCCAGGAAAACAUACCCUCCAAGGCAAAUGGAGGCUUCGAACAAAAGAGGGAAUCGACUACCACGAAACGUUUGCCUCCGUGGUCAAGCCGAUGAGCUAUAAAAUGAUCUUCGCCAUCGCUGCGGCCCUAGACCUUGAACUGGAACAGAUGGAUGUCAAAACUGCCUUCCUUUAUGGCGGCGUCAAAGAAGAAAUCUACGUGACUCAGCCACAGGGUUUCGACGACAAGUCAGGCAGAGUCUUCCGACUGCGGAAAGCUCUCUACGGCCUCAAACAAUCUCCCCGAAUCUGGUACCAGACUUUAUCUGAUUUCCUGGAAACCCUCGGCUUCAAACCACUCAACGCCGACGUUGGCGUCUUCAUCCGUGGCACAACCUACAUCGCCGUCUACGUGGAUGAUCUCCUAAUCGCUGGUCCCGAUAAGGAAGAAAUCCGCCAAAUCAAAGCCGCCUUGAGCGAGAAAUUCGAAAUGACUGACCUUGGCCCGUGUCAGUACUAUCUGGGAAUGUCCGUCCGGAGAGACAGACGCAACAAGGCCAUCUUCCUCUCCCAACGAGCAUAUGUCGAGAAGGUCCUACGGGAAUUUGACAUGUGGGAGAGCAAGCCAGUCACAACUCCCCUGAGCACGUCAAAAUUCCAACCUGUCCCAGACGAAUACAGAGCUCCUAAAACGACGAAACUAUGGUACGCAAAAGCAAUUGGGUCACUUAUGUACGCCAUGCUUGGCACUCGCCCAGACAUCGCAUUUGCCGUCUCCCUCUGCAGCCGAUAUCUGGGAAACCCAACCAACGAACACGUCCAAGCCGUCAAGCGCAUCAUGAGGUACUUGCGAGGGACGAUCGACUUGGAACUCACCUUCAGCGGACCACUCAGACCGUUAGUUGGGUACAGCGACUCAGACUGGGCUGGCGAUCACGACACCAGACGAUCAACGGCUGGCUACGUCUUCAACGUCGGCACAGGCGCCAUCAGUUGGAACUCCAAACGACAACCAACGGUCGCACUAUCAUCCUGCGAAGCGGAGUACAUGGGACAAACACAAUGCACCAAAGAGGCGAUCUGGCUACGAGGGUUGCUGCGCGAACUUCUGGCCCAAUACAAACAUGGAGACCUUCAAACAACUAUUCUCUACGGGGACAAUCAAGGGGCAAUUGCAAUGGCCAAAAAUCCACAGUUCCACGCCAGGACUAAGCACAUUGAUCUUCAAUGGCAUUACGUUCGAGAACGAGUCUCGGAUGGAGACGUUGAACUCCAAUAUGUCCCAACCGAGCAACAAAUCGCAGACGGACUUACGAAAGCUCUCCCAAAAGACCGGUUUAUCGUGUUUCGCAACGCGCUGGGCCUCUCCAACCCAUGA